AUGUCGAAACGCAGACGGCAUUUCUCACCGCCUCCUGCCGUUAAUGUUUGGGCAGGCAGCGCGCAUUCGAGCGACGACGAGUCUAUUGAUCGUGACGAAGAGAUGGUCCGCGCGCGACAUAUGAAACCGGAGAGACGAUGGCAGAAGGACGCUGGACAGUACAAGGAUGCAAAUGCAUUCUUACACGACCUGCACGUAGAGCAGAGACAUCGGAUUCUCCUCUCGUCCUCUACACCAUAUGCAUCACAGUCACAGGUCUUUCAGUCUCAGAGACAUCCGUAUCCCUCCAAAACGAUUCGUGACCAUACACCUAUAUCCUUCUCUUCUACCCAGCAUUCGAGACACAUGAAUUUCCCCCGAGCUUCCGCCUCAUUUGUCCCGGAGGCGCCAGGGGCCGAGACGGAGGCAGAGACACGGGACGUCAUGCAACGGUAUGAAGACACAAAUCGAGCACUUGGCUCUAUCGUCCUCAGCCGAAGGCUAACAAUAUGCGCAGCUGCAGAGCCGCGCGAAGAAUGA